UCGGCUGCAGCCCUCCCCAGUUACACCUCUUCGAUCAACCCCACCACAUUUCCCAUAAGUACUGCUCUGACAUCCCCCAUGGUGAAGCAGGACAGUCCUACAACGAACUUCAACACCAUUCAGCAUACUACAGAGCUGAAUUAUAAUUUUACCAACACUUCUACUAUAUCAUCUAAUCCAGAAGGUACCAAUGAAGAGAAAACCAACAAAGGAGGAGUAAUAUUUGGUGUCACAGUAGGAGCCAUUCUGGGAUCUAUAUUAAUUGGUCUGAUUGGAUAUUUUAUAUGUGGUAAGAAAAGAUCUGAAUCAUUUUCCCACAGACGGCUUUAUGAUGAUACAAGAAAUGACCCAGUUCUCCACUUAGACAACUCGCUUGGACCGUAUGAUACAAGCUUUGGAAGUGCACUUGGGGACCAAACCAGCACAGCAGACAAGGCAGAGGGAGACAACGCAGGGUGCCCAGGUGAUGGCAUUCCUAUGGCUGACAUGACACCAUCCCAUCCUGCACCAUAAUGUUUGCUUUGGGUUAUAUUCCCACUUGUUACCAUGAGAUACACUGACAUUUAACAGGCAGGCAGCACUCUUCUGCUUUGUAAUUAGAUGAUCGACUUGCAGUUUUCCUGGGAAGAUAUUAGUCUUGCUUUCUCAGGAAUAAUACAGGGAAACAGUACACAGGAAAAAUUCUCCCUCGUGUAACUUUAGCCAAAAAUGUAGGCACUGCAACACCGCAAAAUUCAACUAGGACUACAAUGAUAUUUUAACAACAAUACAACCUGCUUCUUUCUCUCCCCACUCCCCCAGUUUAACUACUUUAAGGAGAAAGUAUUCCAAAUAUCACUCCAAUCUGAUUAAUGACUCAGGGCAUUAUUUUCGCCACUCUGUGUUUGUACCUCCCUCAGAGAAUAAGACAAAAAGAAUUAGUUUUAUUUGCAUUUGUCAGAGGCUGAAGUUUGCUGGGGAGAAUGGAAAUGGAACUACCAAGUAACAUGGACUAAAUUUAACCUCUGAAUAUGACAAUGCAGUUAGAAACACAAUCGAAGGGAAAAAUGAAAGACAACUUCUAUUCAUCUGUAAAGCUGAUCUGUUGUUUGCAUUGCAGACUAGAUUUGUA